AUGUCUCAACCCGACCAACAGAAGAUCGCUUCUGCGACUGUGCAGCAGAGUGACAAUAUUGCGCACGCUUUGGCUGGUGCCGGUGGUGGGGUUCUCUCAAUGGUCUUGACAUACCCUCUGAUUACUUUGUCCACAAGAGCCCAGGUCGAGUCGAAGCGGGCUCACUCAACUGCCCUGGAUGCUGUGCGCCGGAUUGUACAGCGAGAGGGUAUCUCCGGGCUCUAUUCGGGGUUGGAGUCUGCGCUGUUUGGAAUCAGCGUCACCAACUUCGUCUACUAUUACUGGUAUGAGUUUACUCGUUCAGCCUUUGAAAAGGCUGCCACUCAAGGAGGUCGGGCCUCUAAGAAGCUCACCACUGUCGAGUCGAUGAUUGCGGGCGCCAUUGCCGGUAGUGCUACCGUGCUGAUCACCAACCCCAUUUGGGUCAUCAACACCCGCAUGACUGCCCGCAAUUCCGCGGAGGAGGAGUCUCUCCCUGGGGCUCCCAAGGCCAAGGCCUCGACAUUAAGCACCCUUCUGGACCUGCUGAAGCAAGAGGGUCCCAAGGCCUUGUUCGCCGGUGUUCUUCCCGCGCUGGUCCUGGUGAUCAACCCAAUUCUGCAGUACACCAUCUUCGAGCAACUGAAGAAUGUGGUGGAGCGCCGCCGCCGCAUGACCCCGAAAGAUGCGUUCUAUUUGGGGGCCCUUGGUAAGAUCCUGGCCACCAGUAUCACCUACCCUUAUAUCACCAUCAAGAGCCGCAUGCAUGUGGCCAGCAAGGAUGGCCCCAAGGAGAGUUUGAAUGGAAGCCUGAAGCGGAUCAUUCACGAGGAAGGCUGGAAGGGACUUUACAAGGGUAUCGGACCCAAGGUCACACAGAGCGCCAUCACCGCGGCCUUCCUCUUUGCGUUCAAGGAUGUGCUAUAUGAUACAAUGGUGUCUGCUCGUCGUCGACGUCUUACUAAAUAA